AUGGUUCGCCUUAGCUUUAUUAUGUCUAUCGCCUUGGCGGUUCAAGGCAUUCAAGCCGCUCCUGCGGUGCGAAAUAACAAUAUUGAACGGCGCGACAGCGUUAUUCAGCGGGCUGAGAAUACUCCAGUUAGUUAUCCCGGUGGAUAUAAGAAGCGGGAUAACAGCCGCCCGUCUGACAAUUCUGUGAACAAAAAGGACAAACCAACGCUAGCAGCGGAAUCUACUAGUAGUUCCGGGAGCGACAAUGGCAGUACACCGCCGGCUACCAAACCUUCCGAGAACUCUGGGAGCGAUACGGGCAGUACGGCGCCGGCUAUCAAACCUUCCGAGAACUCUGGGAGCGAUACGGGCAGUACGGCGCCGGCUAUCAAACCUUCCGAGAACUCUGGGAGCGAUACGGGCAGUACGGCGCUGGCUACGAAACCUCCUGGUAACUCCGGCAGCGGAAAUGACAAUCCACCGCUAACAGCGGAAUCUCCUAGUAGUUUUGGGAGCGACGAGGGCAGUACACCGCCUAAAGAGGAAUCUCCUAGUAGUUCCGGGAGCAAAAAGGGCGGUACGGCGCUGGCUACGAAACCUCCUGGUAACUCCGGCAGCGAAAAUGGCAAUAAAACGCCGGCAGUGGAAUCUCCUGAUUGCUCCGACAGCAAAAGCGGCAGUACAUCGUCGGCUACGAAACCUUCCAAGGACUCUGUGACCGAUCAGGAUAUUACGAAGUCGCCUCCAAAUGGUGCUGAUAACUCCGGCAGCGAAAACGGCAGUACAGGGUCGGCUACCAAACCUUCCAAGAACUCUGAUAUCGACAGGAUCAGUGCAGCGUCGGCUGCGAAGCCUCCUAAUAACUCUGUGGCCGAUAAGGAUAAUGCGAAGUCGACUCUAAAUGGCGCUGAUAACUCCGGCAGCGGAAAGGGCAGUACAGGGCCGGCUACCGAAGCUUCCAAGAACUCUGGGAGCGACAAGAGCAGUGCAGCGCUGGCUGCGAAAUCUACCAAUAACUGUGACCGAAAUGGUAAUACGACGCCGACUCCAAAUGGUUCUAAGAACUCUGGGAGUAAAGGUGAUGGCACGCUGCCUCAGGCACUUCCCACAUCUGUUCCCGGGGCGAACGUCGACCCCAAGGUCCCGACUCGUACCCCGGGAGAAGAAAAGGCCGUUCAGGACAAGCUAGACAAGCUAGAGGAGCAGGCGGCAACGGGGCAGAAAGAGGCAACGGGGCAGAAAGAGAAGGCUUAG